AUGCUGGUCCGUGGUCUCUUAGGCUUCAUCACUCUCUGGUCCCAUCUGGUCCCAUCUGCUUUAGGCCAGUCUGCGUCGUCUGCGUACACUCCGACCUUCGGUCCUUGCCCAGAGGGGUUUUCUCUCCAUCGAACAACAGAUUCCUCGAAUCAAACUCUUAGCGCCGGAGAACACGCCUAUAUCUCCUCUCGCAAGGCCAACGUUCUCCCUGGAUCAUGGAAAUCAUAUCUGUAUAAUCUUCAGUCCACGAACGCGUCUCUGCCUUCAUACGUCUCUUCCAUUCUCAGCGGUGCCAACGGCUCCAAUGCAUAUCCUACACUAGGUAUUGCUACGAGCGGGGGAGGGUAUAGGGCUGCAAUUUUUGGAGCAGGCGUCCUGAAUGCUCUCGACGGACGUAAUUCCACUUCGUCGCAUGCUGGGACUGGUGGACUGCUUCAGUCCGCGACAUACUUGACUGGGUUAUCUGGGGGCUCCUGGCUUCUCGUUUCUCUUGUUCAGGCGGACUUUCCUCCAUUCCAGGAGCUCGUUUUCGGCCCGAGUGAUAACUCCACGUCCAGUGGUUUUGGAGGCUGGUUGGCUCAGUACAACUUAUUCGAACCAAGCGGUGACCCGGUUAAGGACACGCUGUAUGAUGCAGCCAUGGUUGCCGAAGUACGAGGAAAGCAUGAUGCUGGCUUCCCUGUGACAAUUGCCGAUGUCUGGGCUCGGCUGCUCUCGAGGCAUUUUGUUAACGGGACGAACUCUGGGAAUAUCGACGACGUGACCCAGACUCAUGGCGCUGGUAUAACAUGGUCGCAAGUCGCUAAUACGUCUACAUUUGCGUCGCAUAAUGAACCAUUCCCUAUUGUCGUAGCUGAUUCAGUAUCGAAUACUGAGAACCGCUCCAGUAUAAUCACCGCAGAGGGAGACUUGGUACCCCUCACAAACCCUAUUUACGAGUUCAACGUCUAUGAGAUGGGAUCAUACGACCCAACUUUGUCUACCUUUACGCCGACGCAAUAUCUAGGCACGACGAAUACUUCUAUCUGCAUCACUGGCUUCGAUCAAGCUUCAUUCAUCGAAGCGACCUCGUCGGAGCUUUUCAAUGAGGCUAAUGUUACGGUAUGGCUUCGUUACCCAAGAUGGAGAAACCUUCUGACCAUUUGCCUGCUAAAUUCUACUGCUGGGCCAUUCUUCACCCUCCUCAACCAGAGCAUACCCCAAGCCAAUGUCGAGUUGGACGUUUCCCUGUAUCCCAAUCCAUUCUACGGAGUAGCUAACGGUACCUACAUCGACUCGACGCAAGAAUACCUACAGCUUGUUGAUGGCGGAGAGGAUGGUGAAGUCAUACCUCUGCAGCCGCUUCUGGUAAAGGCCCGAGGAGUGGACGUUAUUAUUGCUAUUGACGCGGUGUGUGAGGAUUCACUCGGUCAUGAAGACAACUAUGCCCGUGGUAGUUCACUGAUUGCAACGCAAAACCGAACUUCUCUUUUCCCCUCGGCAUAUUCGUUCCCUCCGGUCCCUACUUCACUGGACGAAUUUACCAGGGACAACCUGACAGCUCAUCCGACGUUCUUCGGCUGUAACUCAUCGGCCCCAACACCCCUGCUUAUUUAUAUACCCAAUGGUCAAGCACCACCGGGCGAGCCUUCCCUCACCAACACCUCAACAUUACAAAUACAGUACCAGCCAGCAGACGUGCAAGCUAUGUUGGACCAGUCGUUCACUAUAGCUACUCUAAAAGGGAUGGACGCUGACUGGCCAGCUUGUCUUGCAUGUGCUGUGGUGGAUAAAGCAAGGGAUAGAGUGGGUGUCCAGAGGAGUGGACUGUGCGGAUCGUGCUUCAGCAGGUACUGCUGGGGUGGUACGAAUAGCACCACUGGCACCGGGGGUUCUUCGAGUUCAGCAGGUAGCAGGAGGCUCUCCAUGAAUAGCUGGUUGCUGACGGUGACCUUGGCAAUUUCGCUGGCUUGGUCCUUAUAA